CGCAGACCAGGCCAGCUACCUAAGAGAGUUACGUAGUUCUACUGAUUCUCGUAUCCGAUCGGAGAACAACACUCCCACAUUACUGAGGUGCUAGACGGCAAGCACCAAUAGGAAACAUGGCAACAUCCGAGCUUUCGACAUCUGAUGCACCAGAAAGCGUCAGCAACAGCACAAACAAUGACAGCUCGCUACGACAACCGAGUCCGUGGGCUAGCAAAUACAGAGGUGCCGUCGUAGAAGACCUCGACCCCUCACCGGCCUUCUCAACACACCCCACCUCCCCCAUCGGCCACGCACUCAUGUCCGCCCUCGAACGCGACUACACACACCUUACCGUCAUCGACGAACACAAAACGCUCCUGGGCUACAUGUCCGUACCGCGUCUCCGUGAAUUGUUAGAACGAGGACAAGUCCGAGAAUCGGAUCCGGUGGAAAAGGCGAUGCAGAAGUUUCAGAGAAAGGGCAGGAGGUAUAAGCUGAUUACUAUGGAGACUCGGCUCGAGGAACUGGAAGACUUCUUCGAUGGGGGCAAAGAGAAGCAAGAGUUUGCGGUUGUGACAGAUCCAGCGAGGAGGUUUGUGCUGGGCGUCGCGACAAGGGAGGAUUUGAAGAAGUUUGCGGAGAGGAGGCCGUUCUAGUCUGUUCCUCUUUCAUUGCGCAUGGUAAACGAGAAGGGAAGGUAAAUCUGAUGACUGGUCAAACUUUAGCAAUGGCGCUGGAGGAGUUCAACACUUGACCCGGAGAAGCGGUACGACUUGCCUUCACACCGUGAUUGAUGGACUAGGUACGUUUGGGGAUCAGCAUCUGCGUACUCCAGCUUUUCACAUAUAGUCGUGUGAACAAGUUCCAGACUUCGGCCCUUUUUCAGUAGCACGCACCUAACCAACGACCCGAGUUUGCAAUAUCGGCAAACACCGCUGGCACGACCGCAUGGAGAUGUUACCUUACGCUCGCACAUCGGGAUUAGCAACCAGCACUGGGGUCUUCAAUGGGAGUUCAAGGAGAGUCCGUUCAGUGAGAGGCCGAAGUAUGAUCACGACCACCCUUCAACUUGCAAGUCUCUUUGGCGGGAGCAGAUGAACAAAACAGCUAUUGCACCCAGCUCCGAAGCGAAGACAGCAAGUCCCAAGCAAUACUGACCAGGAUGCGAUGUAGCCCUGUACGACAAAACUCUUGCCUUGUCUCGUCCAUUUUGAGUAGUCUAUACUAGGGCUAAGAAAC